AUGCCGAGCGACACCCCCGAGCCAUGGACCGCGGCCCGGAGCCCGCAGCCCUCCCGCGCCACGGGCCCAUGCGUGAUCGCGCCCGUGCGCGCAGUGCUCCGCCUGCGCCGCCGCGUGUGUCUCCUGCGCAAGCGCCGCCUGCUGCUGCCCAGCGCAGGUUCCACCAGCGCGGGUCUGGAAGCGGAAACUGGCGCACCGCUCGCGGGAACCGACCAACCACGCUUCUUUACCUUCGACGACUCCACGGAUAACGUCGCGAAGGCACCCCGCAAAAGGCGGCGGCGCAGUCGCAUGGUGUUGUACCCUGAAAGUUCGCGCAAGUAUCUGCCGCGCACCGAGCGCCGGAGCCGCGCGCAGAACUGCCUGCUGCUGCUCGUGGCGAUCGUGGGCUUCCAGGUGCUCAACGCAAUCGAGAAUCUGGAUGACAACGCGCUCCGCUACGACCUCGACGGCCUGGAGAAAGCACUGCAGCGUGCUGUGUUUGGGCAGCCGGCCGCCGUGGAGCGCAUUGUGGCGCUGCUCCGGGAUUACCUGGCCACGCACGUGCACAGCCGCCCACUGCUCCUGGCGUUGCACGGACCCAGCGGCGUGGGCAAGAGCCACGUGGGCCGUCUGUUGGCACGGCACUUCCGCGCCGUGAUGGACGACAGCGGUCUGGUGCUACAGUACCAUGCGCGCCACCACUGCCCCAAGUCGCGAGAUGCGCAGGCCUGUCGCGAGGAGCUGGCACAGCGUGUGGCCGACAUGGUGGCACGGGCCGAGGCCGAGGAGAAGACGCCACUCCUGGUGUUGGAUGAGGUGGAGGUCAUGCCGCCUGAGCUGCUGGAUGAGGUGCACAGCUUCCUGCAGCCGCAACGCUCACAUCAGUUCCACAGCGCCAUCUACGUGCUCCUCAGCAAUGCGGGCGGUGGUGAGAUCACGCGCUUCGUACUGCAGAACGCCUCCCGGGUGCUGCCCCGACGCCCGGACGCGGGCCACGGGGCCCGGGCAGAGGAGGAGCUGCGUGGCAGCCUGCGGGCGCUCCUGGCUAGAGAGCACCCGCUGUGGAAGAUCGCGACCAUCGUUCCCUUCCUGCUGCUGGACAAGUGGGAUGUGGUCAAGUGCUUCAGGGAAGAGAUGGCUGGGGAGGGGUUUUUUCCUGAGCAGGCCCGCGCCGAGCGCCUAGCAGCUCAGCUCAACUACUACCGCGUGUCUGGUCGCGAGUAUGCCAUUACCGGCUGCAAACAGGUGGUGGCCAAAGUGAAUCUCUUGUAG